CUGUGCUCGAUGAAACCAAAGAUUGUCUGGUCACAAGAAACUCGUAAUGAUUUGGAUUCCGAAUAUCGGCAAAAUUCCACUCAGAAUCUGCUUACAGUGGACAUGUUCCAUUAUCUAAAUGUACCCCAGAUUGACAUGAUCACACCAUACGACGACUUUGAAUGUGUCUUAAAAUGUCUCCACCAUCCUUUGUGCAUUUCUGUGAACCUGGCCGCCGAUGGCAACAAGUGGUGUACGUUGUUGUCAUCUAACAAGUUCAACGACCCCGAAGAAUACAAAGGAAACAAAACUUCGCAUCACUAUUACUUUGCGUCCCCUUGUAUUUCCAAGCCAUGCCAAAACGGAGGAACUUGUGUUCUAGCGAAUCACAAACUAGAGAUAUUCGAGUGCAUCUGUAAGACAGGUUAUGCUGGAGAACUUUGUGAAGCAACAAUCGUUCUGCCUCAAAACUGUUCUCAAGCCCCAAAGAAAACGGGAGUGUACAAAAUUUCUAAUCAUGGAUCAGACCCAUUCCCAGUGUACUGCGAUCAGACAAGUGACGGAGGUGGUUGGACGAUGAUAUUCAAAUACAUUGGAGGAAUGUCUUCUUCACCGACUGGUAAAGCGUUAUGGGGUUCAUCCGACACAUUAUCAGAAAAUAUUACCGCUGCUUUAGAUACCACUGCAACCUAUCAAGGUCACUACAAAAACCGUCUCGUACAAAGUUGGCAAGCUUUUAACCCUCAAGAGGUUCGUGUAGUGCUUUACACGAAUGGAGCAGAAGUUAUGUCUAUGACUUUCAAUGCCAGAGGGACGACUUAUAUGAACUGGUUUUCACAGAAUAAUCUACUUCAAUCACCAUGGACUGAUCUAAAGAACGUGACAGCUAUAGCACCCUUUCGCAUCAAUGGCCAUUACGGGGCACGCAGCUUUGAAAUUACAGCUUCCUACGCAGGAUGUGCUAACGAUAUUGGAUGGUUUAUGAUCGGGGGAUCUGAUUGUACUUGGGAGAGAUUUCACCCUGUACCGGCAAUUCUGUACAGCAAGAAAACUCACAAAAUCACAUGGAAUGAUACCCAAGCUGACGUUGGAGGUGCUGAGGUUAUGAUUGUGUAUGUACGUUGAAGAUCAAGGUGGCUUGUCAAUGAAUAAUCUGAAUAAAUUAAGUGUGAAGUAAAAUUUUGCUCUAACUUAAAUGCGCAAAAUGACCACUAGAUACUGCAAAUCACGGAGAAUACUGGGAGUAUAUCGCCUGUGUGGCGAACGCCACAUAUCCGAAGCCAAAAAAAAGCUAGUAAAGAUGCGGUCAAAGAUCCAAACCGAAGUAGAAAUAAAUAUGAUACGCAUCUUGAGACGGGGACCUAAACUACGAAAGUUACCGAAAUCUCUACGCACUAGGCGCUAACCUGCCGACGAGUUAGAAGAACUUGGAGGGAUCGAAGUGCCUGACUGGUAACUGGAUGGUCUUCUACAACCUUAAUAAAUGCCUUCAAAUUAGCAUGAAUUAGCAUACAAUAUCAUCAAAAUUUGAACUGUCAAUCAAGUGAUACCCAGGUGAUAUAAAGUAAUGAGGCAAAAGUUAACUAAAAAGUUUUCUUGUUACAUGGGCAACAUCUCCAUAAAAAUUGGUUGAAAAAUAAAAAAUCUGAGAUUUGUUAAACACAUUUUGUGAACACCUAUUGAAGUGAAUAAAAUGGAAA